GCCGCGGCGAACGGCGGCUUGUUGAACGCUACCUCGCGAUCGCGAAGGUGCGCACGUUUAUACGUUGUUUACAUUGGAGGUAUUCCACCCGCCCGUCAAUUACGUCUGUGUCGCAAUUCAUUGCCCAGCCUUUCGCCGAGCAGGUUUCGUUAAGCCUGAUCGACCGUGUCCCCCUUGAACUUCGAGUUUCCGAGUAUCGGUCUACUGAUCUCAAGCCUCUGGGUCUUCGACGAACCGAAUAUUUCUCUUGGAUAUUUUUCCACGAUCACAAGCAUUCCUGGAUGUCAAGCGGCGACUUUCACUGCAUAAUGUCCGCAUUGUUGGUGUUGUUGGUCGCAUCGUUCCUGGCUUCACCGAGCGUCCACGUGCUCGCACGCGAUGUCGAUUUCUGCUUCGCGGACGAGGAUAACCCGUAUCUGUACAUGGCCACGAAGACCGCGUAUCACUUCGUUCAUGGUGGCAAGACCCGCUUCCAAACAGUACCGCAUUGUCGACCGGUGCAAAUCUGGAUGCUCGCGGCACACGGCACCCGUUGUCCGACUAUGCACGAGAUUGACAAGAUCGUCUCUUUAGCUAAUCUCAAAGAGCAGAUACUCCAGAAUCAUGAAGAGCGCAGAGAGGGUCACAUGUGCAAUCGAGAUUUGGAUAAUCUGCGAAAAUGGAAACCAGACGAAUAUUUGUCGUCGCAACGGGCGGAAGUCCUAACACCGCAAGGAGUGGAAGACAUGAAGCUGUUGGCGAGAAGGUUGCAGAGCAAUUUCCCAGAACUGUUGCAACCCAACUUUUACAACAUUACAUCCGCUAAUUACAAAUUCCGUGCUACUGAGGCUCGAGAUAGCAUGACAUCUUUUAUGGAAGGGCUGUUCGGAAGUAGAUCUGCCGUAUUACCGGAAGAGAGUUCCUUCAACGAUACCUUACUUACUGCGUACAAAACGUGUGGCGUAUGGAAAAAUGAGGAGAAGGAGGGAUCAUUCGAAAAUAUGGAACGCAGCAAAUUUGAGAAUGGACCGGAGUUUCAGAAUCUCCUAAAGAACGUCAGCAGACGAAUCGGUUUUCUAUACAAUAUUUCCGCUGAUAAGAUCGACGCUAUGUACGACGCAUGUCGAUACCAGAAGGCCUGGUCUGUCACUGAACUUUCACCUUGGUGCGCCGUCUUCAGUAAAGAGGAACUCCGCAUCUUGGAGUACAGAGAGGAUCUCGACUACUAUUACAAAGCGGGCUAUGGGCGGGAUAUCAACACACGUUUGGGUUGUCCUCUGUUGCACGACAUGAUGCGACACUUCUGGAAUAUAGCACGUGAUGAGAUGACAGGCGAGCCCGCGGGUAUCUUCUACUUUAGCGACAUCGUCAGCCUGCAAAAUCUUGUAACCACGAUGGGCAUAAAUGAAGACCAGACACGACUGACUGCCUACAAUUACAAAGAGAUGGCUAGACGUCAAUGGCGCACAUCAAUCAUAUCGUCCUUCGCUGCGAAUCUCAUUGCAGUAUUUUACAAAUGCAAUGACAGUAAUAAUCGCAAUAAAGUGAUGUUUUAUCUCGGGGAGAAACCAGUGCGGUACGAAGGCUGUCAGGUUGGUCUUUGCGAUUGGGAGUUCCUGAAGAGCAAGUUCGGUCAGCUAGCGUCAAAUUGCAAGCUGGACGUCUGCUGGAAUACGAACGGAGCUACCUCCAGCUUUCCUAAUUCUAUAGCCAUCCUAUUAGCGUGCUUUAUUGUUCUAGUCCGUCUUGGUUACCGACAAUUGUAAAUACCUAAGCUUAGUUUUACAAUACUUUUUUUUAGCGUUACAUCGUAAAAUACUGAGUAUGAAUGAGAUCUUCAGUAGCCUUAAAUUAAUAUAUUUAUAGGAGACUCCUGUUUUCCAUAAAGUAAAAAAAAAAACA